AUGUAGAGAUGUCUGAUGGUCCACACCGGAUACUGGAAGCUCUCUGAUUCCUGUGAACUCACACUGGACACAAACACAGUGAACACAAACCUCAAACUGUCUGACACCAACAGGACGGUGACAUGUGUGGAGGAGUUUGAGCCAUAUCCUGAUCAUACAGAGAGGUUUGACUACUGGCCUCAGCUGCUGUGUAGAGAUGGUCUGACUGGUCGUUGUUACUGGGAGGUUGAGAUGAGAGGAGAAGGGGUUGCUAUUGCAGUGAGUUACAGAGGAAUCAGCAGGAGAGGAGACAGUGAUGACUGUAUGUUUGGACAUAAUGAUCAUUCAUGGAGACUUUGGUGCUCUGAUGAUGGUAACUCUGUCUGGCACAAUAACCAAGGAACAUCCAUCCCCUCCUCCUCUGUCUCUGAUAGAGUAGCAGUGUAUGUUGACUGUCCUGCUGGCUCUCUGUCCUUCUACACAGUUUCCUCUGACUUACUGAUCCACCUCUACACCUUCAACAUCACAUUCACUGAACCUCUUUACCCUGGGUUUGGGUUUGGUUCAUAUGGUUCCUCAGUGUCUCUGUGUUCUCUGGAGGAGGAAACAACUUCCUGUCCUGUGGUUUAAA